UUCAGCACUAAAAGACAUGUAAGAAGGUGUGUGUCUCCCACCCAAAAGCUUGAUCGUCCAUCGAUGAAUAAUUCUCACGCUUGAUUUACCGAAUUUUGACGGUACUGAUGGCCCCAUAAUGAAAGUCACAUAAUAUACAAGUUGACGGCAUGUGAUGAGUCCAACCCAGAAGUAGAACAGUUUAUCAGUGAGACAUCAAACAAGCCAAAGGAAUCACUUACAACGUAGAGUUUUACAACAAAGUGGAUCGAGGACUGAAAUCCACCGCGUUUUUAUUACUUCCUCUUCAGCUGUGGAUUUUUACUCGAAGGUUGAGUUUAACAGAUGCUCAAUUCUUCCUUCACUGAAGCGAUUGACGUUUUUCUGUUCUUCGGAAACCUUUAGUAGUCAUAGUGAGAACUUAAAGUUUUUGAGUGAGUGACGAGGGGUGAAUCGGAGUGAAUUCUUUUAUGUGGAACUACUCAACGAGCGAUUGAUGAACCUGCAUGAUGGCAAAGACUGCUGGGAUAUUACAUCAGAGAUUUGUCCUCGGAUUUGGAUUUUGGCUCGCCGUUGCAGUGACAGUAACCAAGGCACUCCUGACCUACAAGACAGUUAUCCGUGGUAACGAUAUCUCAAUUCCGUGUCUAGCCUAUACCACCAUCUCUCCCUCAGUUAUCCCCUCGUCGGUCGUGGUAGAAUGGCAGAAAGACUCCAUCCCAUUGGUCGAUUCACGCAUGCAGAUGAUCAACGGCCGAUUCCGAUUGGAUACCGGUACCCAGUACAGUCUGACCAUCUCGUCGGCCGCUAUGUCGGAGGACGGGGUGUAUACUUGUAGAGCUGACGGGGAACCAGUAUCAACGGUAACCUCAUCAUCGGUUUCAAUGACGACGUCGGCUUCACUAACAACAUUAGCAACCAUUUUGACCAUGGAGUCCAAUCUAAACUUAACUGUAGAAGAACCAAUCCCACCAGGUGACCCAGUUGCCAGGGUAAUAACCAAGAAUUCUAUAGACGUCGCUUGGGCAGCAAGUAACGGACCUGUGGAAUCAUACCAGGUUCUCUACAGGAAGGAGCCACCCACUUCGGCAGAUGCACCCUUCAGUCCUUCUGAUCCCCCUGGACUGGAGAGCUCCCUCUUGGUGGAAGGGCUGGACGUCUUCUCAGAAUACAGCUUCUUGAUCGAGGCCAGGUACAGAGGGGACUAUACUAAGAUGAGUGGAAUGUCGUCUUUCAAGACAGCUCCUGGAACGCCAACCACAGCACCACAGGAUGUCACUGCAGAGGCUAUCAGUGCUACCAGUGUUCGUGUCACAUGGACAGCGCCCCCUACCACAUCACUGAACGGAGACUUGGUCGGUCAUAAGAUCAUGCUAAGUCCGGGCGAUGAUGUCAUCACAGUCAUUUCUACUGAAACGGUUGCAUUGGUGGAUAAUCUACAUCCCUUCACGAACUACACCAUCAGUGUUGCUGUGUUUAACAAUGCCCUGGGGAUAGCAGCAAUAGGACCGUCAAGCAGACCUGUGGAUGCUCAAACAUUUGAAGCAGUUCAUAAGGCACCAACAGGCCUUAGGAGCAUCACUCAAGAGCAGAAUUACAUCAUGCUAUUUUGGGACAAGCCUGUGCCGUUACAUUCCGAACUCAUCAGCUUCAAUGUCUACUAUAGGAAGAGGGGAGAGACAGCAUGGUCUGAACCAGAAAUAGUCGGCGACAUUCAAUACCAUUUGCUAAACGGCCUCGAUAUCUUUACCCAGUAUGAGAUCCAAGUGACUUCAGUCAACUCAUUAGGAGAAGGACCUCCCUCUUUAAUUCUGACUGAAACCACAGACACUGCAGCCCCCAGUUCACCAGUGAAUGUGACGGUAACCGACAUGGGUAGCGGACAGGCUAAAGUAUCAUGGAUGGUUCCUGAGGUGUUUUAUAAAAGCAUUGAUAGCUAUACGAUCAAAUACUGGGAAUCCGGCAAGAAUGCUACUAUGGAUGCAGUGGAGGUUGAUAAGUUGUGGCGCAUCGUGGAGAAUCUAAAGGGUGGAGUUAAGUAUGAGGUGACAGUAAGAGCAGCUACAAAGAGUAUUGCCAAUACAGAUCUCCACACAGGCAAUCCCUCCGAAGUUGUUGUCUUUACAAUUGACAAACCAGUAGAUACCACGGCGGAGUCACCAGUGACCACGCUGACCCCCAACAGCACUGUGGGCAUGGGCAUCAACGAGGAUGGCCCUCCCCUCGGUACCAUCGUUGGAGUGGUGUUUGCAAUGAUCUAUGUCCUGGCGUUGGUUGUUGCUGGCCUCACCUACAUGUUUAUCAAGAUGCGGAAGAAGGACCGUCUUGAGUUUGAAAAACAGGAAAACGGAGUGCCUCCGGCAUUCGCUAAACCAGAUGAGUUAGAAGAGCCACCUAUUCCACUGAGUAAAUUUGAGGCACAUGUGAUUGCUAACCAUGCUGACAGCGAUGGCGGCUUUGCUACAGAGUAUGAGGACAUUCAGCAUGUCAGUACAGCCUACCCGGCACUCUCAAGCACAGACGUCUCUCUCAAACAUAAAAACAGAUACACCAACAUUGUAGCAUAUGACCACACGAGAGUGAAGUUGAGCAUCUUGCCCAAUCAGCCAUUAUCAGAUUACAUUAAUGCCAGUUACAUCGAUGGGUACGGCAGGCAGAAAGCUUACAUCGCAGCCCAGGGACCUCUCAAGACAACCUUUGAGGACUUCUGGAGGAUGGUGUGGGAGCAACACACCAUCGUUAUUGUCAUGAUUACAAAGCUGGAGGAAAGGGGAAGGCGGAAGUGUGAUCGCUAUUGGCCAGCCAAGGGUAUGCCUGAACGCUAUGGAGAGUUUGAAGUCACACUAGAAACCAAGGAGAAAUACGCCAGCCAUGUUGUCCGGACGUUCCUACUCAAACACAAACACAGAAAGGAUAUUCAAACAGACUUAAAUAAUACACAUGGGAAGGCCCCUGAGCGCCGAAUAACCCAGUUCCACUACACCGAUUGGCCAGACCAUGGAGUACCAUCGUAUACCAUACCAGUGCUUGCAUUCGUUCAGAAGUCAUCUGCUACCAAUCCACCUGAUGCUGGCCCAAUGGUUGUCCAUUGCAGUGCUGGAGUUGGUCGUACAGGCACAUACAUCGUGAUUGACAGCAUGCUGAAGCAGAUGCAGAAGGAGCAUAAAGUCAAUGUCUUUGGGUUCCUCAAGAGAAUACGUACUCAAAGGAACUACUUGGUGCAGACUGAGGAACAGUACGUGUUCAUCCACGACGUUCUCCUCGAGUGGUUAAAAGCUGGUAACACCAAGGUACAGGCGUGUGAUUUGAGACAAUACACGGACAGGAUGACUCUCCCUGAUGAGCAUGGGAAGGUGUUACUCAACGAUCACUUUAAGUUCAUAACACAUCAGAAGAUCCGAGAUUAUGAGUUUGCCAAAGCGCGUCACGUUCUAAACCGCGGCAAGAACCGUAAGAAUGAGCUGCUUCCAAUUGAGAGGAAUCGAGUGUCCAUCUCCGGGGUUGCUGGACAGGAGAGCUCCGACUACAUCAAUGCUUCCUUCCUACAGGGUUAUCGUCGAAACAAGGAGUUCAUCGUAACCCAGUACCCAAUGAAGGAGACUAUGUGUGAAUUCUGGAGGAUGCUGUGGGAAGGUAACUCCACUACCAUCGUUAUGCUGACAGAUAAAGACGAGGAGGAUACACCAAUCUACUGGCCGACCAAUAAGGGUGAAUCGUUGACGAUCGGAACGAUGAAAGUAACGCUUUGCGAUGAGGAGCACUCCAAUAUGUCCUUCAUCACAAGGGAAUUUCUACUCAGCUGCUCACAGGAUGAGGACCAGCUAACAGUGAAGCAGUACCAUUGUAGCUAUUGGCCAGACAGCUGCUCCCCACUCCAUACGGCCUUUGACCUCAUAUACGCACUGGAGGAAAGAAGUACGAUGCUGGCACAAAUCAACAAAGACGUAGUCGGCCCAAUCACAGUGCACGACAGAUUUGGAGGUCGAACUGCAGGAACGUUCUGCGCUCUAUUCACAUUGCAUCAAGAGCUUACCAUAGAGGGCAGUGUUGAUGUGUACAAAACAAUCAAACUCUACGCUAACAAGAGACCCAGGAUGUUCACAGCUAAGGAUGAAUACCAUUUUGUGUACCGUGCACUUCAGAGUGUGUAUCUCGCAGAACAGCAAAUGAAAAGCUUCAAGGUGCAAUCUAUGCCUCGUCUUGGUAACGAAACAGAAAACAACAAGGACUGGCAAAAUGCGCGCUACAUGACGGCUGUGCCUGAAAGCAGUAAUCUACGACAGAUGUCAGACUCAGCGAGAAACAGUUCACUCGACAGCGACAACUGGUACCGAGCCCGCAGCCAGACUCUAGCCAGCACGGGGACACAGCGUAACCAGCGCCCGUUAAAGUUCUGGCAUCGGCGGACGAAGUCUGAGAAACGCAAACCGACAAAUCUGAGCAUCACCAACACGAACGCCCUUGAGGUUACACCUCCUAAUGACUCCCCCAAGGACUCUAACCCCGAGGUGUACGACAUCGCGGAGAAGUACGACAAAGGGCUCAGCGGAACGGAGGUGGACGCAAGUAUGGACCCAGAGGUACGGUUAGGGAACGGAACCCCCAGCACGGUCUCCGACACCACAGUUGUUCCAGAUAUCCAUUUGAAUUUGCAGGAUCAUUUACAGAAUGAUAAGCACAACUCGGUUCACAUGGAGGACGGAGAGACUAUCGCCCUCAUGGGCCAUCUUGCGCCAGGCGCCAAUCACGAAAACACUGAAAUGUCCACGCCGGAUUACCGGUUUGGUGGCUCGACGAAGUUCAAAUCGCGCAGCAGGGAGUCGCUUGGAAAUCACAGCACCAAGUCUGAGGAGACACGUAUGUGAUAGGUCAUGUCAGAAGUCAUGUGAUUUGUCAUGUGACUGCAUCGUUGUAUUGUCCAUCACUUGACAACUGCUUUCCCUGUAAUUAUGUUAAUAUAAAGUGACGAUUUUUUUUUUUUUUUAUAUUAUUGAUGUGUGGA